AUGGUGUCUGCAGCGCAUGUACAGGCCAAAAAGGAAGUCGAUGUCGUACUGGCUGUGGCAGACCCCUCGGGUGAGGACUAUCCCUUGGUUUGGAUCUCGCAGGGCUUCGAAGAGCAGACCGGAUAUCAGCGCGAGUGGGUCCUCGGAAGGAAUUGCCGCUUCUUGCAGCCCAAAGACAGCGAACGGAACGAACGCUUCAACGGAGAUCAGCUUGAAAAGCUCCGGCAGUUCUGCAGAGAUGCCAGGAAGAGCCGGCGGCCUACGCUUACAAACACCUUUGCCCUGCUGCUGAAUGAGCGCAGGAAUAGCUCGCCCUUCUGGAACCUCAGCAGCUACCUGCAUGUGGAG